AUGAUCGACCAGGCCAGCGCCAUGGCCGACACCAAAUCUAUCGAAAGCCGGCAACGUCCAGCAAUGUCAAUCUUGCUCGCAUUCGUUGCUCUAUGCCUCUCCAUCUUUCUAGUCGCGCUCGACACCGUCCUCAUACCAACGGCGUUGCCAACGAUCGCUCUGUCCUUCAACAUCAGCGACUCCUUGUACGUUUGGAUCGGUUCAGCAUACCUGCUCGCCAAUGCCGCCUCGGUACCCCUCUGGGGCAAAUUGUCCGACAUCUUUGGCCGUAAGCCAAUCAUUCUCACCGCGAACACCAUUUUUCUGGCAGGCAGCAUAUUGUGUGCUCUUAGCAAAGAUGCGACGACGUUGGUGGCUGGACGAGUCGUUCAAGGCUUUGGGGGAGGCGGGGUCGUUGUCCUGGUGCAUGUUUGCGUCAGCGAUAUAUUUCCUAUACGGUCAGUAGUUCCAUCUCCAACACGUGCGACGUACGUGGCGGUCGCGCUAUGCGAUCAGCCAUACAGAACGUGUGCUUGUAGACGUUGAGCAAACAUACUGAUCAAUCACAGCGACCGCUCGUUGUACUUGGGUAUCGUGGGAGCUGUCUGGGCUGUCGCGUCGGCGCUUGGUCCCGUGCUGGGUGGCAUUUUUGCGGAGCAGCUGUGAGUUCUCUUCCUCGACGCCUUCUAGCUUAUGCUAACUUACAGGCCAGUUCAUGGAGAUGGUGUUUCUAUAUCAACAGUAGGCUUGUUCCACCGAGACAAUUGUUAACGCUUGUUCCUGACUAUCACAGUUCCAAUCAUCUCCGUUUCGGUCAUCACCCUCUACAUGACCCUGCACCUACACAACCCUCGCACUCCCCUGCUGUCUGGCCUCGCUACUUUGGACUGGCUCGGUGUCUUGACCAUCGUCUCAGCUGCUGUCCUACUUUUGGUGGGUUUGCAAGAAGGUAGCAACACCUCGUUUAAGCUUCCCGUGGUCAUCACUCUGCUCGUCCUCGGCUCCCUCCUGUCUAUCACGUUCCCUACAACACAGUGGUGGCAAGAAAAGGCAGGUCUGAUGAUCCCGUAUUGCCGCUACGAAUCUUCAAGGAUAUCAGCAACCUCAGCGCGCUCAGCGUAUGCGCCUGCGAUGCGCUAGCCUUCAACUCUGUGGCAUACUUCCUCCCACUCUACUUCCAGAUCGUGCUCGGUCGCAGCCCUACAAUCACUGGCGUCUACAUGCUAGCUGUAGCAGUCCCUCUUGCCACCGUCUCAUUCGCAUCCGGCUUCGUCAUCGAGAAGACUGGACGCUUCCUCGAGGUGCUCCAAGCAGGCUUACUGAUUAUGACCGUUGGUGUCGGACUACUCAUAUCGCUCCAUGUCUCAGACAGCAUCGGCAAAAUCAUUGCCAUACUCAUCGUCCUCGGAAUUGGAUUUGGUCCCAAUUUCGGCGCUCCUCUCAUC